GCUCAAAAGUCAAAACAGAGAUGAAAGUUCAUCAAGUUUAUUAAUCAACCAAAAUCAACAUACAAAAAUAACAAAGUAGAAAAAUGUUUACAAUUAAGAUUAAUAUGGAAAUGUGUAGAGUAUGCUUCAAAACUGGCGUAGGAACAUCUCUCCUUGAUGAGGAUCAGUUUAAUAAAUUCAAUCAAAUCACUGGACUUUCUGCCAGCCCAGAGGAUGAUUUCCCCAACGGCCUAUGCCCCAAAUGCUUAUCACGGUUGCAAGUAGCCUUUGAAUUCCGGAGACAGAGUAUUGCGUCUGAGAAUCACUUGAUCAACUUCAUAGCUCAGGUGAACAAAGAAUUCAAACAUAAAUUACCUGUUGUUGAAAGUGAAUGCGGAAAAAGUUGGGCUCACAUGGAUCUGGAAUUACUUCUUGAUGAUGCAGAUGAAGACCGAGAAAGUACCUCCGUUAAUUCGUCCGGAAACAACGACAGGAGUAUUGAAUAUGUAAAAAUGGAUUAUUCAGUGAAGGACAUAAUUGAGGAUGAAUCAGACAUUUUACAGGAUAAAGAUGAAAUAAUGGAGAUUGAGGAGGAAUUUAAUGAUGAAAUCAUUGAGAGAAUUAUUGAAGCACCACAACUGGAGAGUUAUGAUGAAGUUGAUGUAUCUUACAAGGCUUCCAACACUGAUCAAACAGCCGUGAAAUCUCACACGGAAAGCGAUAAAAUCUACAGUAUUGUGAAAAGGAGCAAAAAUUCAUCAGAGGACAAUCAUUUCUGCAUUCAAUGCAAAAAGGAUUUCAGUACGAAAACCAACUUGAGACGACAUAUGCUCACGCAUGCUGAUCAAAAACCCUUCCAAUGCUCAAUCUGUGGAAAUGGAUUUACACAGAAAGGCUCCCUGAAGCAACACAUGCACCUACACACGGGCGAAAGACCCUACAAAUGCACUUUCUGCAAUGAUUCCUUCACACAAGCCAAGACCCUGGUAAAUCACAUUCGGCGUCAUACAGGAGAAAAACCUUUCCCCUGCCCUGAUUGUGGCAUCAGCUUCCGCCAGAAAGAUGGCCUCAAGAGACACAUGACGCGACAUAUGGAGACACAGAAGAUGUAUCCCUGCACAAUCUGCAAAAAGCAACUCUACUCCAAGUACAGCCUUGAUAAUCACAUCCGGAAACAUGAGAAAAGUGAGGGAAUAGUAAAACUAAUCUGCAGCACGUGUGGAUGUGAUUUUCUCAAUGAAAAAGCUUUGGAAGAUCAUCAACGGACAUCAGAUGAAUGCAAUCAAGAUUGUGAGAUAACCAGGAAACAAGAUCGAGUGAUCAUUAAUGAUCCUUCUGAUAAUUCCAUUGAGGUCUUGAAAGUAGCAGAAGAAUCUUUGGAUAGUACAUCUCAGUCUAGCUGAGACUGAUCAAAGAGGGAAUAAAGGAAUCAACUGAUCCCUUUACACAAUAUUUUUAAAGCAUUUAACGACUUCUUGGAUAAAUAUCCAAGUUCCCUGUUACCUGGGGCUGUAUUCUCUAAGAGUGAAAAACUCUCGUGAUAAACUCCCGAAGGCCUUUUGCAGGAAAAAGUGAGAAAAAUUUGACAUGAGCAUGAUCCUCUAAGAUGAAUAAUGCAUCCGUGAUAAACUCCCGUAAGAUUUUCCCAGUUUUCACGUUUCUUUUAAAGCGCUAAAACCUUCAGGAGUUUAUCACGGGACUUUUUCAUUCUUAGAGAAUUCAUGCCCUGGUGUAGGCAGAUAACCACGUUGAAUCUCAUUGACGGACAACUAAUAGGCAAAAUGUAAUUUUUUUUUUAAAUAAUAA